CUGGGCGGAGUAGGAGGAGGGAGUUCCCCAGCUGAGGAGACUUGCCGUGGUGACGGCGGCGGCGGCGUGCAAACUCGCCUCCAUCUCUCCAUCUCUCCCCUCAUCCCUUACCUUGAGAUGGACGCGCAGGACGCUGCGGCGGCGGCGGCAGCGGCGGUGGUGGCUGUGGAAGACGUAGAGAACUCCGACGACGAGGCGGAGACGAGACACAGAGCGGUUUACGUCUUCUACCGAGACCGUGUCGAGUGGAAGGAUCUGAAGCCAGUGCCGCAAGAAGAGGGCCCCAACGCCGUGGUGCAGAUUGCUUACUCUGACAAGUUCCAAGACGUAUUCGAUUACUUCCGCGCGGUUCUCAAGUGCGAUGAGAGGAGCGAGCGUGCCCUGCUACUCACCGCUGACGCCAUCGCGCUCAACUCCGCCAACUACACAGUCUGGCAUUAUCGCAGAGUGCUUUUGCGGUCACUUAAUAAAGACCUCCGGGAGGAGCUGGCAUAUGUUCAAGAGAUUAUUGAGGAUCAACCCAAGAACUAUCAAGUCUGGCAUCACCGAAGGCUUUUGGUGGAUUGGCUGAAAGAUGCCACGGAUGAACUGGAUUUCACGGCAGAGAUUUUGAAACAGGACGCAAAGAACUACCACGCCUGGCAGCACCGACAGUGGGUGAUACAGGAGUUCAAUCUGUGGGAUAAGGAACUCGACUUUGUCGAGCGACUCCUGGACGAGGACCUAAGGAACAACUCGGCCUGGAAUGAGCGUCACUUCGUUGUGUCUCGCACCACAGGCUACAGCGACUCGGCCACGCUGGAUCGGGAGGUCCAUUAUACUCUGAACAUGAUUAAGAAGGCUCCACACAACGAAAGCUCCUGGAACUAUUUAAGAGGCAUCUUGGAGGAGAAGGGGCUGGCUCGGUAUCCGAGCCUGCUGGAGCUGAUCGAAGAGAUUCGGGAUGGGCAGGUGUCGGAUGACGUGACCGUGUCGCCGUACCUCCUCGCCUUCAUUGUCGACCUGCACGAGGACCAGCUGGACAGUGGCUGUGGGGACAGAGCGGAGACGCUCGCCACAGCACUGAAGCUGUGCGAGCAGCUUGCCACGGAGCUGGACACCAUUCGUGGCGAGUACUGGCGGUACGUCGCCAAUUCCCUGCAGCAGAGGUUCGGAUCCCUGGCCGCGUCAAACAAGGAGCCUUUGGUGCGGCCUGUGCAGGCCACGGCUUGAACGUGACCCCCUCUGGAAUCAUCUCCACGCAAGCUUUGAACAAAUUGUUGAAACUUUUUCCGCCUGCCUCCCAUGACUUAAGUUUUAUUCCCUUAAAGGUAUUCUGAAAGUUGUGGCCUCUCUAACUUGGAUCUUAUUGUAAAUGAUUCAUAUUUAAGUCUGCACUUCGCUUGUACCAGCAGAUAUAGGAGUGGCAGGUGAAAUGGAUGCAGAUUGUGUUUUUUUUGCAAGAUCUAAAAAUGUCAAACUUUAAGGAAAUUGCUCGAUGUAUUCAAACAAUAAACAAUUUUGCACGAGUGGAAGUUA